AUGAGUGCUACUCAACCUACUAAUGAAAAAAUUGACAAGAAUGUCUCUGACGACGAUGACGAGGACAUUGAUCAAUUAGUUUUGGAUUUACAAUCCAACCCCGGUGCUGGAGAUGAAGAAGAGGAAGAGCACGAUGAGAAUGCUUCAUUUAAAGCCGUUCCUGAAGAAUUGUUACAAACAGAUCCAAGAACAGGUUUAUCCGACGACGAAGUCCACAAGAGAAGAAAAAGAUAUGGUUUGAAUCAGAUGGCUGAAGAAAAUGAAAAUUUAGUUGUUAAAUUCGCCAUGUUCUUUGUUGGUCCAAUUCAAUUCGUUAUGGAAGCCGCUGCUGUCUUGGCCGCUGGUUUGGAAGAUUGGGUCGAUUUCGGUGUCAUUUGUGGUUUGUUGUUAUUGAAUGCUUUUGUUGGUUUUAUCCAAGAAUACCAAGCUGGUUCGAUUGUUGACGAAUUGAAAAAGACUUUGGCAAACACUGCCUUGGUUGUUAGAAAUGGUCAAUUGGUUGAAAUCCCUGCAAAUGAAGUUGUUCCUGGUGAUAUCUUGCAAUUGGAAGAUGGUACCGUUAUCCCAACUGAUGGAAGAAUUGUUUCCGAAGAUUGCUUAUUGCAAGUUGAUCAAUCAGCUAUUACUGGUGAAUCGCUUGCUGUUGACAAGAGACACGGCGAUAACUGUUACUCUUCUUCUACUGUUAAGACUGGUGAAGCAUUUAUGAUUGUUACUGCUACUGGUGAUAACACUUUUGUUGGUAGAGCUGCUGCCUUGGUUAACAAGGCUUCUUCUGGUACUGGUCACUUUACUGAAGUCUUGAACGGUAUUGGUACAACUUUGUUGGUUUUCGUUAUCAUUACCUUGUUGGUUGUUUGGUGUGCUUGUUUCUACAGAACAGUCAGAAUUGUUCCAAUUUUGAGAUAUACUUUGGCUAUCACCAUUAUUGGUGUUCCUGUUGGUUUGCCAGCUGUUGUUACCACAACUAUGGCUGUCGGUGCUGCUUACUUGGCUAAAAAGCAAGCUAUUGUCCAAAAAUUGUCCGCUAUUGAAUCUUUGGCUGGUGUCGAGAUUUUGUGUUCAGAUAAAACUGGUACUUUGACCAAAAACAAAUUGUCUUUGCACGAACCAUAUACCGUUGAAGGUGUUGAACCAGAUGACUUGAUGUUGACUGCUUGUUUGGCAGCUUCAAGAAAAAAGAAGGGUUUGGAUGCCAUUGAUAAAGCAUUCUUGAAAUCUUUGAUCAACUACCCAAGAGCUAAAGCAGCAUUGCCAAAGUACAAAGUUAUUGAGUUCCAGCCAUUCGACCCUGUUUCCAAAAAAGUUACUGCUAUUGUUGAGUCCCCUGAAGGUGAAAGAAUUAUUUGUGUUAAAGGUGCUCCAUUAUUCGUCUUGAAGACUGUUGAAGAUGACCACCCUAUCCCCGAAGAUAUUCACGAAAAUUACCAAAACACUGUUGCUGAAUUUGCUUCUAGAGGUUUCAGAUCUUUGGGUGUUGCAAGAAAGAGAGGUGAAGGUCACUGGGAAAUUUUGGGUAUCAUGCCAUGUAUGGAUCCUCCAAGAGAUGAUACUGCUGCAACUGUUAAUGAAGCUAGAAGAUUAGGUUUGAGAGUUAAGAUGUUAACUGGUGAUGCCGUUGGUAUUGCUAAGGAAACAUGUCGUCAAUUAGGUUUGGGUACUAACAUUUACGAUGCUGACAGAUUGGGUCUUUCUGGAGGCGGUGACAUGGCUGGUUCUGAAAUUGCUGAUUUCGUUGAAAACGCUGAUGGUUUCGCUGAAGUGUUCCCACAACAUAAAUAUAAUGCGGUCGAAAUUUUACAAUCUAGAGGAUAUCUUGUUGCCAUGACUGGUGAUGGUGUCAAUGAUGCACCAUCUUUGAAGAAGGCAGAUACCGGUAUUGCCGUUGAAGGUGCCACCGAUGCUGCUAGAUCUGCUGCUGAUAUCGUUUUCCUUGCUCCUGGUUUAUCUGCAAUUAUUGAUGCCUUGAAGACAUCUAGACAAAUUUUCCACAGAAUGUACUCAUAUGUUGUUUACCGUAUUGCUUUGUCAUUGCACUUGGAAGUUUUCCUUGGUUUAUGGAUUGCUAUUUUGAAUCAUUCCUUAAACAUUGAUUUGGUUGUCUUCAUUGCCAUUUUCGCCGAUGUUGCUACUUUGGCUAUUGCUUAUGAUAAUGCUCCAUAUGAUCCAAAACCAGUCAAAUGGAACACUCCUAGAUUAUGGGGUAUGUCCAUUAUCCUUGGUUUGAUCUUGGCUAUUGGUACUUGGAUUACAUUGACUACUAUGUUCUUACCAAAGGGUGGUAUUAUCCAAAACUUUGGUGGUUUGGAUGGUGUUUUAUUCUUGCAGAUUUCCUUGACUGAGAACUGGUUGAUUUUCAUUACCAGAGCUCAAGGUCCUUUCUGGUCAAGUAUCCCAUCAUGGCAAUUAUCUGGUGCUGUUUUGAUCGUCGAUGUUAUCGCUACCAUGUUCACAUUAUUCGGAUGGUGGUCACAAAACUGGACCGAUAUUGUUACCGUUGUGCGUAUUUGGGUUUGGUCAUUUGGUAUUUUCUGUGUCAUGGGUGGUGCUUACUACUUGAUGUCUCAAUCUGAAGCAUUUGACAAUUUCUGUAACGGUAAAAAACCUCAACCAAGACAUGAUUCUAGAUCAUUGGAAGAUUUCCUCGUGUCGAUGCAAAGAGUAUCUACACAACACGAAAAAUCUACGUGA